GAGUUUGUGUUUAGUGAAUCGUGGUCGCUUUCUCUUCUUCUUUGAUCUAAUUGCGUUUCGAUAUAAACAAACGAUAAAGCACGUUUCCCAUUUCUGUGAGCAACGUUUGCAUCUCUUAUUACACUUGAUUGGUGGUUGAAGUGAGAUCUCAUUGCUUUUUGUGUAUUUACUUCAACAGGCUCAGAUUCCGCCAAGUUUCUGUGAAGGUGUUGUAUUCAUACCGCUCUGUCAAUACAUUUAGCACCCUCUUGUUUAGAAACUCUGAAAUGUUGGAAGAUAUGUCCUCUUGGCACUAGGGCAUUAGUUUCACGAGCUCAUGAGGUCACGACCCAUGAGCUACCACAAUCUUUGAGCUAUCUCUGGAGCAAUUAGUGUGUUUUUAUUCUUUCUUUUAUCGGCUGUCUGCUAAGUUUGUAUUAGACUAGAUGGAAAAUAAGCCAAGUGUUUUGACCGAUAAAUAUGAUGUUGGGAGGUUACUGGGUCAAGGUACUUUUGCCAAGGUGUAUUAUGGAAGAAGUAUUCUUACUAACCAGAGUGUUGCUAUCAAGAUGAUCGACAAGGAAAAAGUUAUGAAAGUUGGGCUUAUCGAACAGAUCAAGCGUGAGAUAUCUGUUAUGAGGAUUGCUAGACACCCUAAUGUUGUUGAGCUGUAUGAGGUCAUGGCAACGAAAACAAGGAUCUACUUUGUUAUGGAGUAUUGUAAAGGUGGUGAGCUUUUCAACAAGGUUGCUAAAGGGAAGUUGAAAGAUGAUGUUGCUUGGAAGUACUUUUAUCAGCUUAUCAACGCUGUUGAUUUUUGUCAUAGCCGAGAGGUGUAUCAUCGUGACAUAAAGCCAGAGAAUCUGCUGCUAGAUGAUAACGAGAACCUCAAGGUAUCUGAUUUCGGGUUGAGUGCUCUUGCUGACUGCAAGCGACAAGAUGGCCUCCUCCACACUACUUGUGGUACACCUGCAUAUGUUGCUCCCGAAGUGAUCAAUCGAAAAGGCUAUGAUGGCACAAAAGCGGAUAUUUGGUCUUGUGGUGUGGUUUUGUUUGUUCUGUUGGCUGGCUAUCUACCUUUCCAUGACUCCAAUUUGAUGGAGAUGUACAGGAAGAUAGGAAAGGCUGAUUUUAAGGCACCAAGCUGGUUUGCUCCAGAAGUGAAGAGGCUGUUGUGUAAGAUGCUAGACCCUAACCCUGAAACUAGAAUCACCAUCGCAAAAAUCAGAGAGAGUUCUUGGUUCAGAAAAGGUUUACAUAUGAAACAGAAACGGAUGGAGAAACGAGUCAAAGAGAUGAAUUCUGUGGAAGCUGGUGUUGCAGGUCCAAGUGAGAGCGGAGCAGGUCCAAGUGAGAACGGAGCAGGCCCAAGUGAGAAUGGAGACAGAGUGACGGAGGAAAACCAUACUGACGAACCUACAAAUUUGAACGCAUUUGAUAUAAUUGCCUUGUCUGCUGGGUUUGAUCUGGCAGGACUGUUUGGAGAUGUGCAUAACAAGAGAGAGUCUAGAUUCACAUCCCAGAAACCUGCUUCAGUGAUCAUAUCUACGCUAGAGGAGGUGGCACAACGAUUGAAACUGAGCAUAAGAAAGAGAGAAGCAGGGUUGUUCAAACUGGAACGUUUAAAAGAGGGAAGAAAAGGAAUUCUAUCAAUGGAUGCAGAGAUAUUCCAAGUAACCCCAACGUUUCAUCUAGUGGAAGUGAAGAAAUCUAAUGGAGAUACUCUCGAGUAUCAGAAAUUAGUAGCAGAGGAUCUUAGACCUGCUCUGUCAGAUAUUGUGUGGGUUUGGCAGGGAGAGAAAGAUGAGCCUGCUUCACAGCAAGAGACAGAACAACAACAACAACAACAACAACAACAACAACAACAAGAACAAGAACAAGAACAGAAACAAGAACAGGAAGAAGCAUUGUAGUUUCGAAAAAUUGUUACCAUCUUAAGUUUUGAAUUUUGCUUAACUCUCUGACUUGAAACGUAUAUGAGUUUCUUACAUUUUUCGUUUGUGAAAAAAAGAAAGGAAUCUGCAUAAUAUAAAGUCGUUAACAGAAA